AUGUUUACGUGCAUAGCAUGUACGAAGCAGACGGACGAUGGUGGAGAGGAAGGAGGAGCGCGUGGCAGUGGCACCCCAAGUACAAAAGAAGCCGUCAAAAGCCUGACGGCGCAGAUCAAAGAUAUGGCACUGAAAUUCUCUGGUGCUUACAAGCAAUGCAAACCAUGCACAGGGUCGAGUAAUUAUAAGAAAGGAACACCGAGACCUUACCCGGAUUUUGAUACUGCUUCAGAAGGGAUUCCAUACCCCUAUGCUGCAAGCUCAAGUUCUACACCAGCUUGGGACUUCACCUCUAAUCAUCAGUUGGGUGCAAGAUCAGACUCAAGAUUUACCAGAGCAUAUGGUGGUGGUGAUCGGACCCCGGGAGGUGCAUCCUAUGCUCAGUCUUGUGAUGUAGUUUUGGAUGAGGAUGAGCCUAAGGAGUGGAUGGCACAAGUGGAACCAGGCGUACACAUCACUUUCGUAUCUCUUCCUAAUGGGGGAAAUGAUCUCAAACGAAUUCGUUUCAGCCGAGAGAUGUUUAACAAAUGGCAAGCUCAGCGAUGGUGGGGUGAGAAUUAUGACCGCAUCAUGGAGCUCUACAAUGUUCAGAGAUUCAACCGGCAAGCUCUGCACACUCCUCCAAGGUCUGAAGAUGAGUUAUUAACAGACUGUUGUACUCAGCAGCAGAGGGAUUCUUCUUAUUCAAGGAUGGGAUCUGCUAUGGAAAGCCCUAUGGCUCCAUCAAACAAGGAUUGGACACCAAGGAACCAGUAUAAACCCUCUGGAGCUGGAAGUAGAGGCUAUUUCCCAUCCGAUUCUUUUGAUCAUGGUGGUGGUGGUCACCACUAUAAUGCUGGUGGUUCUAGUGCUUAUGGAGCGGGCGGGCACAAGGGAGAGGCAUCAUCUUUCGAUGCUUCACGGACAACAACCUCCUCUAGAGAUGAAGCUUCAAUCUCAAUUAGCAAUGCUAGUGAUGUCGAGUCAGAAUGGGUUGAGGAAGAUGAGCCUGGGGUAUAUAUAACCAUAAGGCAGCUAGCUGAUGGCACUCGGGAACUUCGCCGUGUCCGAUUCAGGUAUUCAAGAGAUAGAAAGCUUCGUUCGAGGGCUUUAAAGGUGGAAUUGAUCAUCGAGCCAAGGUAUAAAGUUACUUUCCUUGAUGUGCUUAAUCUGCAGACCAUUCCACCUGUCAGAAAUGUUGAAAAUGGGCCUAGGAACUUUUGUACUCAGGAGUCAUUGAACCCGCAGGAGGGACCCUCAAAGGGUCAAGCUAGCUUGGACACUCGGGCGCAUUUGACAUUGCCCCACGAGUUUCGGGGACGCCCGAACUGUUCGGUGAGAGGAAUGCGGCUCGGGUGGACCAAUUGUCCUCUGAGUCUUGUGAGGAAUGAGGCCCAAGUGGACCAAGUGUCCCCUGAGUCUUGCUAG